AUGUCAGUUGCAUUUGUUCCUAACUAUGGAAGGUUGUAUGGACCUCAGCUCAUUGCUUUGGUCAUCACCUCUGCUCUCUGGGGUGUUGGAGCUCUCAUGACCCUCCAUUACUUCCGGACGAAGGCUGAACGGGAUCCCCUUUAUUAUCGGGUCUUCAUUGGGCUGAUAACGAUCGCUGCCACGAUUCAAAUCUGCUUCACUGGUUAUCAGAGUUAUCAUGACUUUAUCGACGAGUACGAUAAUACGAGCUUGUUUGGUGAUAUCGUCUUCUCUAUUCCCGGUCGCUACCUCUGCGUCUACAUCACGACUUUCCUCGCUCAAAUUUUCUUCACUGUUCGAAUCUUCACCCUUACGCAUCACCUCAAGUCACCCCUUCGAUGGGCCACAGUACCGGUUCUCGCUCUUGCCUUGUUGCAGUUCAUUGCUGGAUGCAUCCAAGUCCACCUCCAGGUCAUCAGCAAGGACUUCCAAGAGCUCGGUUCCCGUGCGAGCCUCAACAAGCCCAUUACAGCUGUUCAGGGCGCUGCAACCGCUGCAUGUGAUGUCGUCAUCACACUCACUCUAUGCGCGAUCUAUCUGAAAUAUAGCCAGGUUUCUGCACGCGUGUUCACAUUCUUUGAGAAGAUCAUUAUCUUCGCCUUGAACCGCGCUGCCGCAACUACUUUGUGCGCUAUUUUGAGCGUUUCUCUGUACUACACUCAAAAUGGAACCUAUCGAUUCAUCAUCCCUUGCUUGAUGACCGGCCCUCUGUACUUCAUUUCCGCAGUGAGCGUGCUGCUGACGGACGAGUCUCUUCGUGGUGAGACCGACAAGGAAGAGUCCAUCGAUGAGAAGGGUCUGACCAAGGAGACACAGUCUGAGAGGAGCGUUUAA